AUGCACGUCUGGUCCUUGCUCGUCGCGGCCAUGUCCGCGUCCGUUGUCCUCCAGCCGGCUCCUGUGUCGGCUGGUCUCAGUAUUCAGAAACCUCUCAGCUUCAACAACCAUGUCCUGGGGACCUUAUCUCUCGACAGUGACGGGAAACCGUUUACAUUCCACUACUCUACCCCCGAGGCACAUGGCGAUAAUUGGAUAGGACUGUAUCAUGCUUCUGGUGGCGGGCCUGAAAACCAGUCCUUUGUCACGCCGUCGUUGGUAUGGGAGUAUGCGCCGCAGAAGAAGGGCGGGGUGCAUCUGUCUGUCGACUCCUUGCAACCGGGCGAGUACCGGGCGUAUUUCCUCGCACAGAAUGGAUAUAGAUGGCUUGCGCAGCCGGUGAAUGUCACUCUUAAAGCUCCGCCGGCGGAUCUCUACUUCCCCGUUGCCAAUGCUACGCUGCAUAACGCGCGCCAGUUCGAGCACUUCUCCGCGCGCAUCGACGGCUUGCUUCUCGGGAAGGGCGAUGCGAAAGUCGGCUUUGAGAAAGCUGAAGGGCACUCCUGGAUCCAGGUGGGCUCGAACGGAUCCAUCUCCGGCCAGCCUGGUCUGCUCUCUCCACGGCGCUCGACAGUGCUAGUCCGCGCCGUGGCAGACAACGGCUCGACGGCAGAAAUCCGUCUCCUCAUCCCCGUGCGACGCUUCUACCAGAGCCUCGUCGGCGACCUGCGCAUCCUCACGUAUAACAUGUGGUUCGGCGGGACGCAGGUCAGCAAUUACCACGAGAAACAGCUCCGGUUUCUCCUGCAGUCCGGCGCUGAUAUCGUCGGUCUCCAAGAAACCACCAGCGACCACGCCGCUCGUCUCGGAAAGGCCCUGGGCUGGUACUACUGGCAGAGCACCAAGAGCGUCGGCAUCAUCAGUCGAUACCCCAUCGUCAAAGAGUACGGCGAAAUCAGCCGGUCCGGAGGUGUUCGCAUCAAUCUCAAUGGUCGCCGGCCUGUCCUCUUUGGCUCGCCCUUUGAAAUCAACUUCUGGACUACGCAUCUCGGAUUCGAUCCGUACGGUCCGUAUGACUUCUGCUACGCCCACAUGUCGCCCGACGAGGUGACGGCGCGGGAAGCCGAGUCGGGACGCAUGCCGCAGAUGAUCGAGACGUUGGAGGGCAUGGGUCCGCAACUGGACAAUUCCUACAAGGUACCCGUUAUCUUCACGGGGGAUUUCAACGCGCCCUCGCAUCUGGACUGGGUCGAGUCCCUCCGCGAGAAGAACUGCGGCGUGGCGAAUUACGCGUGGCCGACUUCCAUUCUUCCGACCGAGAGGGGACUCGUGGAUUCGUUCCGUAUCGCUCAUCCGGAUCCUGCUGCUGAGCAGGGAACGACGUGGUCGCCUAUCUUGCCGGGUGAGCCGCAGGAUCGCAUCGAUUUCAUCUAUCAUACGGGGAGGUUGAAGGUGGUUGAUUCCCGGCGCUUGGUUGUGGGAGAGCCAAAGUCCAGUCCGGAUCACCGCGAUAAUGAAUGGACUUCGGACCAUGCUACUGUUUUGACGCAUUAUAGACUACCGUGGUGGCAGUAA